AUGGUAAAAAUAACCACGAUGUCGUCUUUUUCGAUUUUCAAAAAGCUUUCGCCAAAGUUAACCAUACUAUUUUGCUCCAUAAACUUGGGCAGGAGCGAACUUUCCAAGUUCCGAGUUGGUACUUCACUGUCAAAAGUUCGAGAUGCCCCAAGUGGUGUCCCCCAAGGCAGCGUCCUAUCCCCUGUAUUAUUUAAUAUUUACACUUUCGAUCUUCUGUCCUUAGUGGUGAAGUCAGGUGUUCAGCUUAAAAUGUUUGCCGAUGACUUAAAGGUCUAUUAUCCAGUCAAUGGAGCAGCUUCUCCCCAACUCCAGCAUGCGAUAGAUACUGUG